AUGGGGCCGGGGCGGCUGCUGCCCGUUCUGGCCCUGGCACUGGUGCUGGCUGUGGGGUCCCAGCCGCAGGAGCAGAUCCCCAGGGAGGCCCACAACCUCAACUGGAACAAGUUUGCAGGGUUCUGGUACAUUCUUGCCAUCGCCUCUAAUGCCCCAGGAUUCUUGCCAAGCAGAGACAAGAGGAAGCUGGGGGCGUGCAUGGUGAGGGUUCACAAAACGGGCCAGCUGAAGGUGGUCCUCGCCUUCAACCGGUCGCAGGGGUGCCAGUCCCACACGUUACUUCUGCGGAAAGACAGGAAGAAGGCCGUGUUCAGGAACACCCUGAAGGGCAUGGAGGGCUUUGGCGUGCUGUGCACCGACCACAGCUCCGGCCUCGUGCACCUGCGUCUGGGCCGGGCCGGCCGCUCCUCCAAGACCCUGCUGCUCUUCAGUGAGUCCGGCCGCCCCCAGCCCCUGGCCUGGGCCUCCUGGGCAGCGAGUGUGGAGGGUGCGGGCAGGGAGGGGCACCGAAGGGGACAGAGGGGGACCGAGGAGGGUGGAGCUCAGAGGUGA